CCGAACUUUGGAUUCCGGUGGUUCCUGCAAUUUUCUAGAAACACCCCUGCGGGAAGAGUAUUCGAGGCAGGUUCCGUGGCGAGCGGAGCUGCUAUAAAUUCAGCCAAGGGGGAGGUCAAGCUGUUUCCAUAUUUACCUCGCCAGGUCCUCCGCCAUUUCUUCGCAGAUAGGUUUGCUUCGAGUUUAAGGAAGUUGUUCUAGUUCCGUGCCCAAGGGUUUCUCAUCCGCCAAUCCCUAUUCAACUGAUCGAGGGAUACUUUGAUUUUCCUGAGGCUGCGACUGAGAAGGAAAGGGAGAAAGAUUACCUUAUUUUGGGAGAUCCCGGAUCAGAUAGGUAACUUGUGCCAUCAAGAGCAGUAGAGUUCAACAAACGAAAGAGGGGAAAAUGGCAAUUGGACAGGCUAUGCCGAAGGGGUCUCUUGCCACAAGCUUGAGCUUUCCAAGCAGCGGCAGCACUAGGAUCCUGGGGAGGAAGAGGGUUGCCGUUUCGCCGGCUCCAAGCCCCUCCGGCCCACACUCGCCGGUGCGGACUCUGCGCAAGCAGCGCAGCAUCAGGUUCCACAUGGACGACACCGUCUGCAUUCUUGAAUCACUGCCUCAGGAUGUCUUGGUUAAAGUCUUGUGCAAGGUGAACCACAGUGACCUGAGGCAGCUCCUCCUAGUGUCGAAACUAGUCAGCGAAGCAACAGUUGUUGCUAAAGAGCUGCAUUUCGCUUUCGCAACGCCUUCCAAGGCCGCCGUUAGAGGCGAGGAGGAGGAGGAGGACGAAGGCCCCGGGGCGCCCAAGCAACACAGGGUUGCACGGUCACGCCACCGGGGCAAGAACCUGGCGAGCCUCGCCGUGAAUCUGUCGGCGUCCUUCGACAGCUUGAUGUCAGAGGUGUAGGUGUAAAUACCACGGCCCAUUUUUCGCAUGUACUUUGCCCAUCUUUAGUGUUUCUUCUUUGAUAGCUCACGUCGGACAGAGGAACUUAGGUAGUGAUAUAUAUAUAGUCAUAUCAUAUGUGUGUUAGUGGUAAGUUAUAUAUGAUCAUUCUUCAAUGCUGUGAUUGAAGAGGACACGAUGUUUUAUUUCUGUGUAUGUAUUAGUUUUAGAGUAAGUUAUAAGCGUCCUGAGUGUUGGAACUCAGAAGAGAUGAGAUAUGUCUCUUCUCCUUUGUGCAUGCUGUAGUGUACGAUCUCUGUAUACUGAUGCUACAAACAUGGGGAUGUACUCUUGUCGUUACAGAAUAAAUCAGUUUGUUUGGUCA